GUGUUUACCUAAUAUUUACAGUCCAUGGUGUUUACAUCAUAGUUCACGUCUAGGUCACAGUUUUCUGGAAGCCUCUGGAGAAAGCUUUGCAAAUAUGUUUAAGAAAAUGCAAUACCGAUUUUGCACAAACUACGACCAUGUGGAUUCAUAUUUUUUUUUAUGGUAGAAUCACUUUUUGAGCUCCCUUUGAACUGACAAUCUGAAGGUUUCACAGUUCAUUCAUCAAAUCGGACUUUUGACCUGAGGUUUUUUUUUUAUUUUUUAGAUGUAACCAGUCCGUUGGUUUGGUCGUACUGCUGAUGUAUUGCAGAGAUAAAACGAUGUUUUCGUUCGUUGUCUUUUCGGUCUGUUAUUCUUUAAUAUCAGCUGUGGUCCAAGUAGAGCCCCGUGAGAUCUCUUCUUACGUAGCUGCUGUGUACGAGCACAGUUUAAUCCUGAACCCGGAGCCUCAUGUCCCCCUGUCACGCGCCGCUUCCCUGCAGCACCUGCAGAGAAACCUGGACAUCUACGAGCAGCAGGCUGCACGAGCCUCCCAGCAGGGUGCCCAGAUCCUGGUGUUUCCAGAAGAUGGUCUUCAGGGAUUCAACUUCAGCCGUUCAUCCAUCUCUGGGUACCUUGAAAUAAUUCCUGACCCCCAGCAAGAGAGGUGGAACCCCUGCACAGAGCCUGAGAAGUACAACAACACUGAGGUUCUCCAGCGCUUGAGCUGUAUGGCCCGUCGUAACAAACUCUACCUUGUGGCCAACAUGGCUGGCCUGCAGCCCUGCCCCCUGAAGACCGACCCCACCUCCUCCUGUCCCUCUGAUGGACGCUGGCAGUUCAACACCAACGUGGUCUUCAGCUCAGACGGCCUGCUGGUGGCGCGCUACCACAAAAACAACCCCUACUUUGAGGAGGCCUUUAACACUCCGCCACAACCUGAGAUCAUAACUUUUGACACUCCUUUUGCCGGGAAGUUUGGCCUUAUCACUUGCUUUGACAUCCUCUUCAAUGAGCCCACAAUUACCCUGCUGGAAAAGGACGUGCGUCAGUUAAUCUUCCCCACAGCCUGGAUGAACCAACUCCCCCUCCUGGACACAAUCCAGUUCCAGCAGGCCAUCAGUUUGGGUGCCAAUAUCACCCUGCUAGCAGCCAACAUUCGUAGUGAUACUCUUAUCAUGACUGGAAGUGGUAUCUACACCCCUUUUUCUGCCACCUAUCACCACGCACAGAGAGGAGACCCGGAGGAGGGCAGACUGCUCGUUGCUAGGGUGCCGGUCUUAGAACAGGAUGGGGCGUUUGCAGCAGAGUCGAAAUCAUCUACAGCAGCAGACUCUGGAUUCUGUCAUCAUGAGAGCUGUUCUGAUGCUUCUUCAGUCCCUCCCUCCUCAGACACCUUCACUUCCUCCAUGAUGUGGGACCCAUUUACAUUUGUCCUCUUACAGGAAACAGAAGGCAGAGUUAAUGUGUGCAAUGGCACCUUUUGCUGUCACCUGCAGUACCAGCGGUUUCCACAGGGUGGCAGUAAUGAGUUGUAUGCAUUAGGAGCAUUUGCUGGAACUCACAUUGUGAAUGGACGCUAUGCUGUGCAGGUGUGUGCACUCGUCCGUUGUGCAGGGUUGGACCUCAGCUCCUGUGGGCAGGAAGUUGAAGAGGCGGAGUCUAAAAUGGACUUCCAAUUGGAGGGGAAGUUUGGAACCAGAAAUGUGUACCCGUCAGUUUUGGCAAGCAAGAUGGUCCUGGAGCAGCCAGAGCAUUUUGAAAAAGGUGCAGACGGCAAAGUGAUCUUGAAACACUCAAACAUGAGUGGUGGGCUGGUGACCGCCUGUCUGUACGGACGGAUGUAUCACCUGGACAAUGAAUGAACUGCUUAAGAGAAAAAUCUCAAUAGUUUUAGAAAAUACAUUUUCUGACCAAGA